AUGCAGAUCCAUGAUCUCAAUGUGCAGCGGCACCGCAUCCUCGGGCGGAGAGAGCCGUUCCCGCCCGACAUCGCGGCCCGCUGCUACGCCUUUGACGACGACGGAGUGGGCCGGGCGCAGCUCGACGAGCUCAAGCGCCAGGCUCGAGCGCAGGCCGCCAUCCUCGGCGACGUGGAGUUCGAGGAUGCCGAGGAGGUUAAGUGGCUGGUGUAUGAGGCGGGGAGCGACCAUUUUGGCAAAGAGGUCCCCGCCGAGGUGCUGGAGGAUGACCAGAGGUUCGUCUCUCUCGGUACGCUGGGCGUUGUCGACUGGCUGGGUGAGAAGCGGUUCGUGGAGCGAGUCGCGGCCGACAAGGCCGACGAGUGGAGGCAGAGGCGUGAGGAGUCGGAGGGCGACUCCAGGAUCCUCGGCAUCCACCGCAAGCACGGGAAGCGGAACCUCACGCUGCACGACGCCGUGCAGCUCUUCACAGAGGACAGCUUCGAGGACUGGCCGUUCCCGCCCCCGCGCGCGACGCUGGAGCACCACGAGUCGAUCCGCGACGGGCCAGGUUCGAUGGUCGUUUACGAGAGCGAGUGGAGGCAGGACAGUGGUGUCGGCGACGGCACAGCGGCCCUCCACGAGCACAGGAACAACACGGAGGUGCUUAGGCUGGCCCACCAGGUGGACCAGCUCAACAUCCCGAACCUGGCGUGCUUCGAGCAGCUGGUUCGGCGCCAGGUCCAGAUCGAGAUGGCUGUGAAGCGGAACGCGAAGCACCCUGACUACGGAGGUCUGGACCUGGUGCUCGGCGGCCCGACGACCGAGAGCGGCGCUGCCCCCGGCAAGUCCUUCCGCGACUGGGUCUACAAGAAGCAGGGCGAGCGCGCCCAGACGCUCAAGCAGGUGCUGCCGUCCGCCGGCGACUCCGAGCACAGCGGCGCCACGGGGAGCUCUUCCCUCUCCCAGCGCCUUCCUCUUCUCAGCCCGCUUCUCCUGGCGCCCCUCGAUACGUUCGACAGCGACGGCUUGGACAGCGGCAUCGGCGAGACCCUCGCGGAGCUCACGGCGCCCAGGGACCUGUACUCGCAGGAGCCGAAGAAUCUCGCCGAGUACGACAUCGACAAGCUCAAGAUCUGCCACUCGGGCACCGUGGCCAAGGACGCAAAGUCGCUCUUGCCGCCCGACGCGGCCGGCCUCAUCCGACACUACGCCCACUGCAUCGAGAGGGACUCGGAGCAGAUACUGGAGUUGCAGGCGAACCUCAUCAGCUUCCGCCGUAAGCUCAAAGCCAAGAUCGGGAUCUUCUUCGUUAAGAAAAAGGACCCCGCUUGGAUCAGGCUCAUCAUCGAUGCGAUGCAGGCCAACCGCUGCCAUCGCGCGCCGCCCAAGACGAAGCUGGGGUCCGUCGGCGGGUUCUGCGAGCUCGACCUGUCGGACUCCGCCCUUCGUGACCUCGGCGGCUUCGGGCCCGUGGCCGAGGUCUGGGGCGGGACCAGCGACGUCGACGAUUGCUUCUACCAGAUGCUGGUCGAGGAGCUGGGGUCGUGGUUCGGGAUCGACAUGCCUAGGGCCGCGGGCGAGUGGGGUGUCUCCAGCGUCUACGACGACGACGUCGGACGCCACGUCCCCAUCGACCCGACCGCCACCCUCUACCCCGUCUUCCACGGCAUGGCGAUGGGGUGGUCCUGGGCGCUGCACCUGGCCAACGAGGCCGUCACUUCCCUGGCCGGCAAGAGCGCGGUCUGCCCGCGGUCGCUCGUGCAGGCCGUCUCCGGCGUCUACGUGGACAACUUCACGACCAUCGCCGGUGGCAAGGUCGACGCCGAGGACUCGAUCGAGCGGUUCAGGCGCGCGGCGGCGGAGGCCGGCAUCGGCGCGCACGUCGACGGCGACGUCGGGGUGGUCUUCGAGAGCCUCGGGGUCGUCUUCGAUGGCCGGCAGCGCUGUCUGCGGCAUCUGCCUCGCCGCGUGUGGCGCGUCUACUUGGCCACGCGGGCCUUGCGGCGGCGCCGCUGGGUCCACGGGAACAUCCUGGAGAUCUGGAUGGGCCACGUGGUCAACCUGUUCGGCCUGCUGCGUCCUGGGCUGUCCUGCUUCCAGCAAAUCUACCCAUUCGUGACUAACGCACGGGGCGACGAGUUCGGCCUGUUGUUCCUCUGCGAGUAUGACUUGGGCGCGGACUUCAGCCACGAGGUCUACUGCUCGGACUCGUCGGACAUCGGCUUCGCGCUGCUCUCUACCAGAGCGACGGAGGCUGAGCUGCGGGACCUCACCCGCUACCGCGAGAGAUGGAGGUUCAAGUCGAUGGAGACCCUCUCUGAGGUCGCCCUGGUCAGGCCCGAGUGGGCCGAGUACGUUGGAGGUCGCUUGCGGCCUGGAGGUGGAGCUGAUCUACCCGAGGGUGCCUGCGCUGACGUUGCCGCGCGAGGGUCUCGACCCUGUGCCAUCGGCCCGCGGACGCAGCAUGGGCGCCUCCUGGACGAGGAGCGCCACCACCGCCUGGCCGACAAGGCUGGCCGAGUCGGGCGACGGGCUCGUGAGCCUCGCCCCCGGCCGCGCCAUGAGGAGGUCGAGGUGCCGAGUGCCAUUCCGCCAGUCGACCAGUGCUGGGACACGCCGCGCCGCUGGACCCAUCUGCGGGUCGGGCGCUGGAAGUGGACCAAGGAGCACAUCAAUAUCAAGGAAGGUCGGGCCUCUUUGUUUGGCCUGCGGAGAGCGACCCGCGCUCGCCACAACCACGGCAAGCGGGUCGCGUCGCUGGGCGACAACCUCGUGUCCAUCUGUGCUUUCGAGAAGGGCCGCGCGAAGUCGCGGGCUUUCAAUUCGCUGGCGAGACGGGCGGCUGGGUACCAGAUCGCCGCCCGGGAGACCGUGGCGCUCGAGCUCUUUGCCGGCGAGGCUGGCCUCACCUGGGCCCUUCGGCCCCGCGGUCUGCGGGUCGGGCCACCCUGUGAACUGCUACGAGGCGCGAAGUUUGACCUCACCAGAAAAAGCACUCAGAACCUCAUCAAGUCCUGGAUCCGUGCGGGCCUCAUCUGGCGCAUCCAUCUGGGGACCCCAUGUACGGCCUGGUCUAUUGCAAGGAGGGGAGUUGUUAAUCUGGAAAAGGCUCACGCCAAGGAGGCAGUCGCUGUGGAGCUGGCCCUCUUCACGGCCGAGGUAUGCACGUUGGCCUCCCGGUGCGGGGCCCUCUGGAGUCUGGAGAACCCUGCGUCAUCGGGGCUUUGGGAGUUCGGGCCCAUCGUGGACCUCAUGGGGCUCCCAGAGGUCUUCAAGGUCACCUUCCACAUGUGCCAGUAUGAGGUCUCCCACAAGAAGCCCACCACUAUCCUCACCAACAUGUUGGCCCUGCGCGGGCUCGAGGAGAGCACCGCGGGCGAGAAGUCCAAGGACAUCUACCGACGCGAGGAGGGGUACGGGCCCGGCUUGGGCCGCUCCGUCUUCUUCGGGUACCUCUUGCUGCACUCCACGAACUACAAGCUCGAGAGGGACCGGCUCGGCGACGUCGAGAGGGCGCUCGCUGGCUGGGCCAAGCGGGCCCGCGAGACUGUGAAGGACCCCGCGCCUCAGGAGGUGCUGCUGGACAUGGCCGUCUGGAUGCUCGACCACGGACGGGGUGAGAGUGCCUCGUGCAUGGCCCUGCAGUUGGACGACUACGCCAGGCCCUCCGAGAGCGUGGACCUCGUGCUGGGCAACGUGCUGAAGCCGGUCGUCGGUGUUCGCGGGGCGCCGUCCCGCGACUGGGGCAUUGUCUUUGCCCCGGCAGAGCUUGGCUUUGUCGCCAAGACAGGUCAGGUCGACGAUUCUGUGGCGCUGGGCAGUCCCUCUCGCCUGUGGGCCCCACAGGUGGCAGAGGCUCUCGCGACGCGAGCCUCCAGCGGCUCGCGUCGCUCGCGGGGCAGUCAGCAGGCCGGUCCUACGACGCGUCUGUUCGACUCACUCACCCUGGCGCAGUACGAGCGGGACUUCAGAGACGCCGCCAAGGCGCUCGGAUACGAGAAGCUCAACAUCACACCGCACACAGUGCGGCACACAGCCCCCUCGCACGACAUUUACCACAAGCACCGGUCCUUGGAGCAGGUGCGACGCCGCGGCCGCUGGGCCGCCAAGAAGAGCGUCACUCGCUACGAGCGCCAUGCCAAACUCUUGAAACAGUACAGCAAGUUGACGGCUGUGCAGAUCGCCCGGGUGAAUAAGUCAGUCCGUCAGUUCCCAGCCGCCGUACUCAAGCACAUUCGUGGUCGUUGA